CCUUAAAUUCGCGAGCAAGAGUAUCGAUCGAUCAGGAAGAAGAAUUAGAGGCAUUGAAUCAAUCAUUCAAUCGACGCAACUACUCUCUCCCUCGUCUUCUACUUACUCGCUCAGAUCCGGCGAAGAGUGAUAUCAGAAAUGGCGUCAACGUUCAGCGGCGACGAGACUGCUCCUUUCUUCGGCUUCCUCAGAGUCGCAUCCGCCCUCGUCUUCUCCUGCAUGGGAGCUGCAUAUGGCACGGUGAAGAGCGGGGUUGGAGUGGCGUCGAUGGGGGUGAUGAGGCCCGAGCUGGUGAUGAAAUCCAUUGUUCCGGUGGUUAUGGCUGGUUUCGAGCAGGAAGUGUCGAGCAUGAAGCAGAAAUGGGUCGAAUCCACCGACCCAAUGAACCCUUGCAUAUCGUUGAACGCGCGAAUUGCUUGGCGGGUGAAUCCGGCGGGUCUGGUGGAGGAGGGAAGGCGUGAGCGAGAUUCCGUUGAGCUGGAGGCAGGAUUCCAUGGCGUGGAA